AUGUAUAAAUUAUUAUUAUUGACAGCAGUCUUUUUAUUGGUCUGUUGUACUAGUAAUGCAGCUGCUCAAUCACCAUCGUAUAAUCUUUCAAGUUUAUCACAAUACAACAAUGAAAUCCAUGCAAAUGGAUACUUUGGUACCAAUUCAUCAAUCGUCUCUAUAAAGAUUGAUCAAUAUUGGUGUUCACUUGUCAGUUUCAAUAGUACCAAUAUCGGAUGUAGCUUUGGAAGUACAGUGGGUUUAUUGGGCAACAGGACGAUCACUAUCAUAAUCGGUGAUGAUGCUGCUGCUGCUGCUGCUUUUUUGAGUGGUACAGUAGUCAUUGAUUAUUCAAUCACUAGGGUUGUCUACAAUAGCGAAGAAAACUCAAUCACAAUCGGUGGUGCUCUCAGCGGAACUGGUCAAGUUUAUAAUACAGCCAUCUACCUCUCCUCCUCCUCCUCCUCCUCCUCUGACACACACAAUCAAUUGAUCAACUGCACUAUGUAUUUUGUCAGCACAUCAGAGGUGAAAUGCAAUUUGAACGAGCACGUACCAUCAAAUAUUUAUACGGUCUACUUGGUCCUUGACGUCCUUACCACUUUAAACUCUACUGUCAAUAUCAUAGAAUCUGAUACUUUUGUUUUGAAUAAUAUAUCAUUAUUUAGUGAUACGAUGACUAUCAGUGCCGAUGGUCAAUUUGGAAGCAAUCGGUCAUUAGUUUCAGUGUGGAUUGAACAAUACACAGAGUGUCCACUCGUUAGUUUUAACAGUACCACUAUAAAAUGUAGUAUUGCCAAUAUUGGCGCGAUUUCAACUGGACCACUGGCUGUCACUAUCAAAAUUGGAGACAUUGCUCUAUUGAAUGGUACCGUCUUUUAUGCUCCUAUCGAUUAUUCAAUCUCUAGUAUCUACUACAACAACAUUCAAAGAUCAAUCAGAAUCAAUGGUAAUAAUCUUUCAUACAACAAUAGUAUUGAUGGCAUUAGGGUAUUACUCACGUACCGUCCAGGCCAAUACAUUGAUUGUCCCCUCACAUCUGCCAGCCCUUUACACAUUAAUUGCCAGUUUUCGAAUAACCAGAUUGUAACACCCCAAAGAACCUAUCAAGUUACCCUUACAGGUCCAAAUUACCAUUUAUUCUCUACUAUUUAUAUUUCAUCUGCCAAUGAACCAAACCAUUACUUUGGUUCUUUCCAUUCUGUUCCUAAUUCAUUGGGACUUGGAGUGAAUGGAUCUUUUGGUGAUAAUUCUGACAAUCUCAAUAUUACAAUGAAUUCUGGUAGUCGAUUGUUUGAUUGUCAAGUCAACCACUUUACAUCUACCUAUUUGAUAUGUACACUUGGAAGCAACUACCCAGUCAAUGGAGGAUACUACCAAGUCAAUGGUGAAUUUGCAGAUGGCAAUGGCACCAGCAACAGUUUAGUUAUCUAUUUUGAACCAAUCCCUUCCAAUUCAUCAUCAUCAUCAUCAAAUAAUGAUUCAUCAUCAUCAAAUAAUGAUUCAUCAUCAUCAAAUAAUGAUUCAUCAUCAUCAAAUAAUGAUUCAUCAUCAUCAUCAAAUAAUGGUUCAUCAUCAUCAAAUAAUGGUUCAUCAUCAAAUAAUGGUUCAUCAUCAAAUGAUUCAUCAUCAUCAGAUGUUACAUGUAAAUUGAGUCGAUCAGGUAAACUCAGGGUAGAGUAUCCAGGUGACGCUCCAAUCAACUGUACUUCAAAAGGUAUCAGUGAAUGUAAUGCUCCUGGUGGAUUCAAAUGUCUAGGCCUAUUGAGCUCAUCAUUGACCCAAUGUUUUGCUCCACAUGAAAUCGUUUGUCAAGCUUCAUCGAUUGUCUGUCGUGCUGGUGGUUUGUCUUGUUCCAUUGAAAAUGGCCAGUUGAGUAUCAGACCCGAUACAGCAGUAGUAGUUCCAGGUAGUAGCGACAAUUCACAAUCAAAUUCUAAUCAUGCCUCAUCAUCCACAUCAUUUUCUACAUUCCUUAUCAUCAUCAUCUUGAUCAUUUCCAUUUUAAUUUAA